GCGGGAAUUUUCCAUUUCCCUUCCCGCAUGGACAGAGAAACCUUGGAUUUUUCCACCUCUUUUUUCCAGGAUUUUGAGAAUUCUCCGGAAGAUUUUCCCAGGGAUCGGGUGGAUUUUAUCAACAAAUCCGAUUCUUUCACGUAUUCCCAGUUUUUCCGGGAUUAUCUCCUUCCCAACCGUCCCUGCGUCUUCUCGGCCGAGUUCACCAAGGAUUGGAGCAGUCGGAAAUUCUGGGUCACUCAGGAUGGGAAACCCGACCUGGAGAGGCUCCUGCAGGAAUUCCAAGGAGCAGCCCCGGUGCCGGUGGCCAACUGUGACCUUCGGGAAUAUAAUUCCCACCCCAAGGAGCUGCUGCCCUUCCCGGAAUUUGUGGAAUAUUGGCGGGAAUUCAUCAGCAACGGGCACCGCUCCUCGCGCGGCUGCCUCUACCUCAAGGACUGGCACCUGAGCAGAGCUUUCCCGGAGCGGGAAUUUUACAGCAUUCCCGUGUAUUUUUCUUCGGAUUGGCUCAACGAAUAUUGGGAUGCCGUGGGCGCCGACGAUUUCCGCUUCGUCUACAUGGGACCCAAAGGAUCCUGGACUCCGUUCCACGCCGACGUUUUCCGCUCCUACAGCUGGUCUGCCAACGUGUGCGGCCGCAAGCGCUGGCUGCUGUAUCCGCCGGGAGAGGAGCGAUUCCUCACGGAUACCCACGGGAAUCUCCCCUUCGACCUGACGGCUCCGGAAUUCCGGGAUCCGCGGAUUUAUCCGCGCUCCGGCCUCGCCCGAGCCCCUCUGGAGAUCAUCCAGGAAGCCGGAGAGAUCGUCUUCGUUCCCAGCGGGUGGCACCACCAGGUGCACAACCUGGAGGACACCAUCUCCAUCAACCACAACUGGCUGAACGGCUGCAGCGUGGGGCGGAUGUGGCGCUUCCUGCGGGAGGAGCUGGGGGCCGUGAGCCGGGAGCUGAGCCGCUGGCACGGCCCCGACGGCCACGACCCCCUCCAGUGCCAGCUCCUGCUGAAAUCCUGCGCCGGCAUCGACUUCCCGGAGUUCUACAACUUCCUGCGGCUGCUGGCCGAGAGCCGCCUGGCGCUGCUGGAAAACCGGGAAUUCUCAUCCCGGGAAAACAAUUCCCGCGGCUCCGUCCCCGCCCUGGGAAUUCCUCACGCCGUGUUCGACCUGCAGCGCCUGGCCGCGGUGCUGCGCUCGUUAAGUGCAAACGAGGAAUUCCAGCGGCUCCCGCCCCCCUCUCCACCCCCUCCGGAGCUGCUCCAGAGGCUGGAAAAGGCCUUGGACACCGCCCUGAUGGGAAUUCUCCAUUCCCAAGAUUCCCGAGAUUCCCAAGAUUCCCGAAAUUCCCGGAGGAAUUCGGGAAAAGCCGUCCCGGCUGAAGGAAAAUCCCGGAUUUUUUACGGAUUCUGAAAAAAAUUCCCUCGAUUGGACGGGAAUUCCGUGACUUUUCCGGGUGCAGCUCAGGAAUUCCAUGGAACUUCACAGAAUUUGUGGAAUUCCAUGGAAUUCCUGUUGAAGCCGGAGCUGGAAGCGACGAUGGACACGGGAAUUCCCGAUUUUCCCGCCUUUAUUCCGAAGGAUUUGGAGCUUUAAUCCAACAGGAGGAGCGAGAAAAUUCAGGAAUGAGGAAGAAAUUCCCAGAGUUCAGAGGAAUUUGGGAAAACCCAUCUAAGCUGAAGGAAAAUCCUGGAAUUUUUAUGGAUUCUGAGCCUCGCUCAGGGAAAAAAUUCCCGGUGGAUCAAACCUGGAAGAGGAAAACCGGAAAAGCUCUCCCAGCUCCAGCUUUUUUUUUUUUUGGGAAUUCCAGCUGAAUUCCAUGGAAUUCCCUGGAAGGUGGAGCUGGAUUUGGCUCUUCCAAAUUAAAUUCCAUGAAAUUUAGAAAUUUUUCCAUGAAAAUUCCAUACGGGGAUCGAUUCCGUGAAAAAUCUGAAUCUGCCUGGAAUCAUCCCGAGGAAAAAAACGGGAAUGGGAAAGUCGGGAAUUCCCACCCGGAAUUCCGUCGGAUUUUCCAAGGGGAGCGUCCCCUUUCCUGCUUUUCCUUGGAAAAAUCAAAAAGCUGGAAGCACAAAAGGCCGGAGCUGAAAAAAACUUGGAAUUUUGGGAAGUUUUAGGAAGCGGAAGCGGAAAUCGGCCUCGUUUUCCAGAGAAUUCCUUGGAAUUUUUAUCCAGUUUUCCAGUGGGGAAUUUGAGGGGUUUUAUUCCCAAGAAAUCCCAAGAAAUGGAGAAAAUUCUCGGAUUGCUGGAAAGAAUUCCAAUGGAAAAUUGGGAAUAAGGAGAACGCGGAGGCUGGAAUUAUUUGGGAAUUCCCAGUUUUAUUUAAAUAAA